AAUAUAAUACAUAGAAGAUUACAAGACUAAUGUUCAUAAGAAGGAGAAGGAGAAGAGAAAGUUAGAAGUUUUUCAUUGCGAUAUGGAGGGGUAUGUAAUUAGUGGUUUUGUGUUGGUUUUCCCAACCGCGGUUGUGAUGGCAGUGGUGAUGAUAUUGCUCCAUUUUUACUUCUACGGUGCGUGGAGGAGGACGGCGGACGUGAGAAGGAAGUUGAGAGCACAAGGCGUGACUGGACCGCCACCGUCCAUUUUAUAUGGUAACUUGCCGGAGAUGCAAAAGAUCCAGUUGCAAACGGCUGCUAUGGCUUCUCCAUUGCAUUGUGCUUCGGCGAUUGUUGCUCAUGAUUAUACAUCUACUCUCUUUCCCUAUUUCGUCGAGUGGAGGAAGCAAUAUGGGCCAUUAUACACAUACUCGACAGGGACAAGACAGCAUCUUUACGCCAACAAGGUUGAACUUGUUAAGGACUUGAGCCUCUCCAACAAUCUCAACGUGGGGAAGCCUUUCUAUGUCACCAGAAAGCUUGCUCCAAUUCUUGGCCAAAGCGUCGUCCGCUCCAACGGCUCUGUUUGGGCAGUGCAACGUAAGGUCAUUGCCUCCGAGUUCUUCAUGGACCGUGUCCGGGCCAUGGGGUUCCACAUGGUCGAUGCGGCAUCGUGUCUGAUCAACAAAUGGGAAAGGAGGGUUGGAGACGGAACCGUCGAGAUUGAUGUCGAUGAAGAUCUAAGAGAGUUCUCGGCCGAUGUCAUUUCUAGAGCUUGCUUUGGGAGCUCAUAUGAGAAGGGGAAAGAGAUUUUUUCCAAGCUUAGAGAUCUCCAGAAGUUGAUUUCUGAGGAUAGCUUUCUGUUUGGUUACAGUUCAUGGAGUGAUAGAUUUUUGCGACCACGAAAACACAAAAGCAUAAAAAGGUUGGAGAAGGAGAUUGAGUCAAUAAUAUGGGAGACAGUUCAACAACGACAAAAAGAAUGCUCUAAAACCUCCUCGUCGGACAAGGAUUUGUUGCAGCUAAUAAUGGAAGCCACCAUCAAUGACCCAAAUAUUGGAGCCAGGGACUCUUCCAAGAACUUCAUUGUUGACAACUGCAAGAGCAUCUACUUCGCCGGCCAUGAGUCCACUGCCGUGGCCGCCACUUGGUCCUUGAUGCUCCUCGCUCUCCACCCCGAAUGGCAAGACCGUAUCCGCUCUGAGUUUGCUCAGGCUUGUCCUGACGGCCACCUUGACACGACUGCAACUUUACAACUCAAAUCGGUGAAUAUGGUGAUUCAUGAAACGUUACGAUUGUACCCACCAGCUGCAUUUGUGGCGAGGGAGACGUUUGCUGAGACACAACUCGGGAAUGUGGUGGUUCCAAAGGGCGUUUGCUUAUGGACUUUAAUUCCGAUGCUGCACAGAGAAGUCGAAAUAUGGGGAGAAGAUGCCAAUAAGUUCAAGCCAGAGCGGUUUGCAAAUGGCGUAGCUAAAGCGUGCAAGUUCCCUCAGGCCUACGUGCCAUUUGGGGCAGGCCCUAGACUAUGUUUAGGGAAGAACUUCGCAUUAGUUGAAUUGAAGAUCAUAAUUUCUCUUAUAGUUUCCAAGUUUAGAUUCUCAUUGUCUCCAGAGUAUCACCAUUGCCCUUCAUAUAGAAUGGUUGUGGAGCCUGCAAAUGGUGUGAAGAUUGUUUUCCAAAGGCUUUGAAUUAGGGUCUAAGAACAUUGUAAAUGAGAUAAAUUUAGCUUAGUAUGUGUGUUUAUUUAUCAUUUGGUACAAGUUUGUUAGUUAUACAAGGCUACGCAAAUAUGCAUUAUGGAAAUUACUUUUGAUUCACCGUA